CGACCCGUUCGGUGUCAGUUGCUCAGUACACCAGAGGUUUCUUUCUUUUUCAGGACAUUCCAAAUUGUUGUAUUGGUUAUGCUCAAUGUUUGUGCAAUGACUCGGAUUGAUUGAUUUUCCCUCUUUUCUCAGCUUUAAAAUGUCUUGCUUUUCUCCCAUAGACAGCUCUCUGAUCUUCAUAUUGGUUUAUCCUUUAAAACAACAAAUGCAUUCUUCACAGGUGAAAAUGAAGUCUACAACCAAAAGUAGAUGUUCAGAGCUAAUUAUUUUUUUAAACAGUCAAUCUUACAGGACACACCUGGGCAAUAAGAAACACCUGUCAGUCACAUGUUCUAAUAUUUUUUUCUCACCUAAAAAUUGGUUGGUCUGAUACAAAUAUGCUACGUUCUGUAUCGUUGAACACAUCUACAUAUAAAUGCUAGGAAAUCAAGUCAGAAAUCCUAAACUCGUCUCAUCCAUCUUUUGAUCACGAACCCAAAUGUCUCUGACAUAUAGCAAAAACAAAUGAAUGGGCCUUGCCGUUCCAGUAGUUUCAGAGGGGACUGAAUGUGUAUUUGUCACAGAUAUGAUGAGCUGAAGUGGAGAAACAAUAUAGUCUGAAAAAAUAUUUGCAAAUAAAAUGAAGUUGUGAUUAUACGUAAUAUAUUACUUAUACACAUUAAUUACUGUGAAGCCCCCAAUUCAGUUCUGAUUCAAAGAAAUGUGAUUUCUUUGAUGGCUUUGACCAAAAUCCUGCAGCAACGUGGAAUUAUAAACUGAUUAUAUAGUGACAAACAUUUCUUAACUCGUUCAAGUACAUAAAAUGCUAAAUACACUUAACAGACAUAACCCAACUUGUUAAAGUACUAAAAUUUUAAGUGCAAGAUUCCAUGUUAUUUGCUAGAAUUGUUUAUAGAGAUGUCCGGUAUUUGUUUAUGGAAAGUUCUGGUAAUUCAGACACACUAAUGGCAGGUUACUAGUGAUGACAUGAACCUAAUAAUCAGGUUGCAGGAAAAACCUUUUAAAGCAGGUGAUAGAGAAACUGCACAUGUGAGUGGAUCUGUAGUCAGCAUGAGACACACAGAGGUUCUCUUCCUCCUUUUACCUUGGUUUACACAGCUGCUUCAGCAUUCCAUCGGAUCGGAGUUCAGAAAUACGAGAUACAGGAGUAGUUACACAGAAAAUGAAAGAACUGCGAUGGACACAAUUAUGGACAUCAAUGACUAUGAAGCGGUGGAUGCGAUGGAUGGAGUGAAACUCAGAGAGGGCGAUAUUGCUGUCUCCAUCAGAAGUGAGAAAAGCUGUUUUGCCCAAAGCUGUUUAUGGUCCAGAUCCGUAGAUGGACACGUUUACAUCGCAUACACACUCUCACCCAAGUACACUGAAGCAGAACGCCAAAUUAUAAAGCAAGGGAUGCAUCUGAUUGAGAGAGACACAUGUGUGCGCUUUGUACCCAGAACACACCAGAGAGACUUCCUGGACAUUCAGCCUAAAACUGGGUGUUGGUCAUACUUGGGUUCAAGUGGAGGCAGACAGACUCUCUCCUUGCAAAGUCCGGAGUGUGUGAGCUCUGGAGUUGUUUCUCAUCAACUCAUGCAUGUGCUUGGAUUUGUACAUGAACAGUCACGUCCUGAUCGUGAUAAAUAUGUCACAAUCAUGUGGUCCAAAAUUUGGAAAGAUCAUGUAAGGAACUUUGGGAAGUUUAAGAUGAACAACAUGGACAUGCCUUAUGAUUAUGGUUCCAUCAUGCACUUUGGAAAGUACACGUACUCUGAGGAUGGUGAUCCUACCAUUGUGCCAAAAGGAAGCUGGAACAUUAAACUGGGACAGAGAUUGGGUCCAAGUGAACUUGAUGUCAUGAAAAUCAAUAAACUCUACAAAUGUAUUUAGUAAUGCAGUUAAAUGUAUAUAACAGAAAGCAACAGAAAGCUGAUCACAAACACUUUUUUAAUUAUUCUUUUUAAUGCUUAGCUCUAUUCAUAACUAAUUUAUUAACAUUAAAGUAAUUAACCAUUAAAGUAUGUAUUUUAAUUUUAAAUGUCUGCUCUGAACCUGGCAUGUUAUGUAUGGAAUCAUUACAUAUAAACAUGCAUUAAUUAAUAUAAAUUAAUAAAUGAUAUUCUUUCCUUGGUUAAAAAAUAUGCUUCCCUUCAUCUCAGUGGCAUAAGGUUUUGUAAUUUUUUCUACAUUAUCUAUGUAUAC